CCCUCCCCCCCCCCUCCUUUCCGCCCUAGCGCCCGCCUGUCGUUUGCCACACCGCAAACCAGGCUCCCCUCCCUCGCCCCUUUCUUUUCCCCUCUCGCCCUCGCCCUCGACCAGACAGGCCACAGCGGAGAUCAGUCGCCACAAUGAGCAGCAUCGACAACAUCCUCGAGACCUUUUCCCUGAGCCCGACUGACACGGUCGUGGAUUCGGCCAUCAAGAAGGGUAUCACCGUCUUCGGCAGCACCAUUGUUAUUGCCAACAUGUACAAGUUUAUCCUGCACCGCGAUGUCCCCACCAACUACUUCCCCCGCCACUAUUCCCUCCGCUUCGGCGGCGGUAUGGGCCUCGCGGUUGCGAUUUACACCCUGUCCUGCGGUCUGGCCAAGUCCCUUUGCAGCGAGGACAACAAGCCGAUCACCCCCACCGGCCAUGCCGUUGCCGCUGGUGCCGGUCUUGCCACCGCCGCCCUUCUCUACCCCUACCCGAACGGUGUCCGCCGUCUGAGCGUCGCCCCGCUGGUCAUUGUCGGCGGCAUCGCUGCCGGCUAUGCCACCUUUGUCAAGAACCUCGGCGGUAUGGACAACAUGCUGCCCAAGUUCUUCUCCGAGAAUGCCAUCUUCCGCCAGAAGGCUCGCGAGUUCUCUUCUGCCGUCCGCUCCGAGGACCAGGAGUAAGUCCCCCCGCAUCCCCCACCUCUUGCCAUCCCUGUCCUUCGGCAUAUGCCCUCUUUGCCCUUUCCCCCCUCCCCCUCUUUGUGGGCCCCCCGUGGUCGCGCACAUGUCGGAGGCUCCCCAGUGGCCGUGUGUGUGUGUGUGUGUUAGAGAAGGGGGCCUAUGAGAUACAUGCAUGCUCGCCUCUCUCUCUCUCUCUCUCUCCC